AUGACCACUCUAUCUUUAGAUUCAACAGCGGUACGUGUUGUUGCCCGCUGUAGGCCCCUUCUUCCGAGUGAACGAAACCACACAACCUCCCGAAUUCAGAUUAACGCAGAAGCUGGGACAAUUACUCUUGCCGAAAAGGGAUUAGGGGUUGGUCGUUGUUUUACAUUUGAUCGUGUUUUCCUUCCCAACGCGCAACAGCACGAUGUUGCUGAAGAGGUGAGUCCACUGAUCAGUCACGUACUCGAAGGAUUUUGUGCCACCAUUUUCGCAUACGGUCAGACAGGUAGCGGAAAGACACACACAGUCGAAGGGUUUGAAUACAUUCGUAACGGUAGGGGUGGCCCUAAAGUCAACAUAGACACAGACCCCGAAAAGCAUGGUAUUAUUCCCCGCGUGAUACAGCUCAUUUUCGAUCGUGUUCGGGAAAAGCAGUUCGCAGAUGCUAACACAUCAUAUCACCUUAAGUGCAGCUAUUAUCAGAUAUACAAUGAACGGGUUACAGAUUUGCUGAAUCCCUCAUCGGAAGCUUCUAAAGGCACUGGUCUAAAGGUACGUUGGUGCCGUGACGAUACUUUCACAGUGGAGAACCUUUACAUAUGUGAGUGUGACCAACCCGGCGAGAUGCGCCGUAUGUUCUUGUCUGGUGCUAAAGCUAAAGAAAUGGGAAGUCAUAUGAUGAACCAGCAAUCGUCCCGCUCGCACUGCGUCUUUACAAUCCACGUAGAGCGUUCCGAUAGCGACAUCCCAGGGAAUAGUGUGAAGUCACAGCUCACCAUUGUAGACUUGGCGGGGUCAGAGAAGCUGACGGCGCUUGACGCCAACCCCUCCUCAAAGCUGACUAAGGAAUCUAUAGAUAUAAAUACGUCACUUUUUGCCUUGGGAAAAGUGAUCACCUCUCUCGCCCAGCGAUCAAAGCACAAUCAGAAAAACGGUGCGGGGGCUAAUCAGUUGCACAUCCCCUACCGUGAUAGCAAACUGACCAAGCUCCUGAAGCAUGCACUAGGAGGAAACUCACUAACAACGAUGUUAGCGUGUAUCAGCCCAUCCGAUAACUACGCGGAGGAAACAAUGUCGACGCUUAUGUUCGCUACUACAGCUAGAACUAUUAAAAACGUGCCUUACGUGGCUGAGGACCCUGUAACACAGGUUGUCAAUCAACUCCGGAGCGAACUUGGAAAUGUAAAGGAGGAGUUGAACUACUAUCAGAACCUUGUUGGCAGCAACCUCAUCAACAGUGGCCCAACGCGACCACAGCCUAUGUACCACGUGCAGGCUUCAAACGACGAGGCCGUUAACGCACAAGUGAAUGAAUUAUCGGACAAACUCCUGCAGGCAUGUGAUGCCCUCCAGAAAAUUAUGAGCAUCAACACCCAGCUUCGCUCUGCUUUUGACGUGGUGAAGGAGGCGAAAGCAGAACUCGAACGAAGGGAGAUGGAGCUAAACGCUGAAAAUUUAGCUCUGCGCGAACGUAUUGAGAUGUUGGAGUCUGUUGUGCUUAAAGAGGACUUGACGGAGUGCUUUGGAAAUGGCGCAAAGUCCCAGGAGGGGUAUUUGAAGAACAACGGUUACUACUAUUCCUCAGCGCGAGCAUCACUCCUUACAAAUGCAUCCGACCCAAAGUCCUGCCACGCACCCACCAGGCCCCACUCCGCAAGCGUGCACGAGUCGCCCGCUCCAACAACAGCUGGUCAAACAAAUCCACGGGCUUAUGCAGCGGAUGGAGCGUGGGCGGCGGAGCGCCCUCCGAUUGCCGAAGAUAAUCCCCGACCAAUGACGGGACCUUCAGUGCGCCCGUCAGCGGAGGGUUUUGUGCCCUCAGCACAACUUGCGGAAGAACGCUUACGUGGGGAACAAUCAAUUAAUAAACGAAGAGAAAAGCUGACAAAGGGUCUCGCCGAGUAUGCUAACAGAUACUGUCAACCUGACCGUUUCGUGAACUAUGCGGAAUACUACGGAAAGGCCCGCCGCUUGGUAACCACGAACCGUUCAGUUUCUAGUACCGUGGAUGAUAUGAGCAAAACCCUCCGCCAAAUCCCAGAGAGCAUUGCCAGCACCGUUCCCAACUCACUGAAGACCACUUCUCAAUUCGGGAUGUUACACUUUGGUGGGAGCCGGGAGGAGUUGGGCGAACUCGAGGAACGUCGGCGGCAGCGUGAGGAGAAGCGGCAGGCGCUCAUCGCUCAGCAGGAUGCCCUCCGCGGUGAUGUUGCGCGCGCAUUUGUUGGUAUUACUGAAAAGAAGGAACCCAUCCGAGCUGGAAAAGAACCAUACGAGCAAGGAUCAUUAGCAUCCACGGACACGACCGGGAAGCAAAUGCCAAAGUUACCUUCAGCGCAACCUGCCCCCGCAGAUUCGGUGAGUCGGCUGAAGGCUUAUUUGGAACAAGAAAUAGGUAUGAGGGGUGAGUUAUGA